CUGGUUUGUGAUAGGUUGAUGAGGGAUGAUACGCCCCUCUCUACUGGCCACACUCGUCUCUGUCUGAUGGCCUCUGUAUAAGACCUUUAAAGUGGGCGGAACAUGUCGGUGGUUUGGAAAAUAGCUGUUCGACAAUGGGGCUUGGAAAAGAAUCCAUUGGUACCAAAGCCAACCUCAAGUCAUCCGCUGCAAGGGGUGAAGGACCGAACUCUGAAACAUGCAGGGCAAGUAUAUGACAAGAAAAGCAGGCCUGCUGUGCAACCGAUUAUGGUUGACCCACUGUCAUCAGUUCUGGAUGGUCCCGAUCCCCUGAGUGAUCUUCUUAGUGCUUCAGAUCCGUUAUCUGGCAAGGCCUUUCCAACUGCUUCAUUUCAGAUAUUGGAGGAGAAUAGAGAGACAGAGAUGACCAUCGUGGACAGUCGACAUAGUACCUGGGAACAACACCGGACAUUCAUACUUACAAAUUUUACCACAACUGGGACCCUCACCUUCACUUCAAGUUUCCUGCAGCCGUCAGACUCGGCUGAGAGCAGAGCUGUUCCCCUCCACAGACGCGUUGUGAAGACCCAAACAGCAGUAACAGAGAGGCACCGGACAACAGGUAUGAGUGGCAGUGAAAGAAUAAGAGCAAGGUUGGAACAGUUGGAUACGUUAGAUGAAAUUGGCGGUGGAGCAGUGCGUGAGGUUGGAGGACUUACCCAGGAUGAGUUUACUUAUCGUCUGAAUGGCCUCAAGCAAGAACUCAUCGAGUCAUGGAACUCUGACCAGCGUGUUAAAGCUCUCAAGAUAGCUAUUCAGUGUGUGAAGUUAUUAAGCCUGUCUGCACCAGAGCAUUUCUACCCUAGCAAGUUUGUCCUUGUGAUAGAUAUCUUGGACACACUAGCUACACUUGUCUACCAACGACUCAAGCUCAAGUCUGAGACUGGGAAUUUUGCAGCUGGUGGGAGUAGUGCUGGCAAACUGGAGGCCCAGGAGACAGCUCGGAACUGGUUCUACAAAGUGGCUUCCAUCAGAGAACUCCUCCCAAGACUUUAUCUUGAAGCUGCUCUUUUGCCUUGUUAUUCCAUCUUCAAUGCUCAAGAAGGAGAACAGGCUCUUUCAAGAUUAUCUCGGAUGAUCCGUGGAAUUGGUGAUCCUCUGAUGGCUGCUUAUGCACGAAUGUAUGUGUGCCGCAUGGGCUUUGAGGUUGCACCAUCACUCACUCAAUAUAUAUCAGAGAGUAUAGAAGAUUUUCUGCAUGCUCUGAAGCAGGGACUAUGGCCAGAAGGAGAAGCAGACAUGAAUAUGGGUGAGGAUAAGGAUUCUCUGGCCGUUCGUGUUUUCUCUCCGCCGCUCAGGUGGAUGAUGCAGUGUCUGGCCAGCAGUGCCCCCCACCACGUCCUGCAGAGUGUCCUUCGUCAGUGUGAGGGAGGAGAGGGCUUGGGUCAGAAUUUACUUGUUUCUGCCGUGCUCACCACGUUUCCUAACCACUUCGUAGCCUCGCAGGCACUUCCUCUCACCCACCUUAUAGCUGGUUGUUCCUCUCCAGGUAAAGUUGAGCAUGAACUGUUAUCAGCCCUCGGUGGGUGUGUGAACCAAGCUGCUCCUCCCCAGCACCAGCAGCUCCCACUUCUGAACGCUGUGUGGAAGCUCAUCGCUCGUAUACCUCGAACCAAGGAUUACCUCUCUACUGCUGGCAUAUGGCUGGAGUAUACUGCUAAGCACUUUACAUCAGUUGAAGUUAACACCCUGCUUGGAGAUGUUCUGAAACAUGUUGGGGCAGAUGGGAGCCGUGACCAGGCUCAUUAUCCUGCACUCCUGGCUCUGGUGUCUACUGCUCUUACCAACUCCACCGAUCCUCACUCACUCUUCUCCAUGAAACACUUUGUGGGUCUACUGAAUGUGUUUCAACGAGACAGUGUGAGUGCAGGUGAUGGAGUGACACGCGGAGUGGUUGAAGCACUGCUCUCUCACCACCCGGGCAACUUCACAGACCCAACCUUAGUGCAACACCUCCUUACUCUUUGUGGUGCACUCCACGACUCCAUUAAUGCUUUAACAACAGAUGAUGAGAGGCGACAAUUGUCCCAGCUGAUUAUAUCUUUUAUUCGGCAAGUUAAUUUUGGACGGGAUUUUGAGCAGCAAUUAGAUUUUUAUGUAAAUGCUCGCGCCGCCUUCUCCAACCUUGACCCAGUGCUGGUUUCUCUUGUACAGUGUGUGUGUCAACUAGCAAUGGCAACUUGGAAAGUGAUGCACGGCCAACACUCUGGCAAGACAGGCUCAUUUGUUCGUGCGUGUGCUGCGUACUGCUUCAUUACGGUGCCUUCAUUAGCUUCCUCCGUGAUGCGCCUCAAACUCUACCUUCUCUCAGGGACUGUAGCAUUAUUAAAUAACUGCUUAGGCCAAGGAGAUGCCUGCAUGAAAGCUGCUAUCAGAGAGGUGUUGGAAGUUGAAGGCUCUGCAGAAACGGGCCCAACCCCUGAUGUUCUGCGGUUGUUGGUUGGCAACUUAGCUUCUACCCUAGUUGCUACACCAGAUCCCCCUGAUGCCUCUCCACCACUGUACUUGCUUCGUGGUCUUACUAAUGCUUUACGAUCCAACUCUUGGCAAAAAGAUACAGACAUUCAAGCUGUCUUGUCAAUUUCAUUACUCCAUGCUCUCUCUGCUGCAUCUCAGGACACUUUACCUUACCAUAUUCACUCAGUGGAGGGUAAUGACUCACUGUACGGAGGAGAUUCACAAGUACAGCAAGAAGCAGAGCAACUUUGUACAGCAAUAUUACAUAAUAUUCUCUCUCAUAUGCAGAGCCUAACUGGAAUUCACGAGAAACGUUGUGGAACGCUGGCCCUGACGUUGUUGUGGUGUAUAGUGACAUGGUGCGACCUCACCCAACCCCAGAUGAUGAAAGUGGCCUCUCAGAUGUGGUCAUUGGUGCUUAAACAUAGUCAUCCAGAAAGUGUGGUUCAAGCGAGGGACUGGAUAUCAAGACGUUCUGUUCAGUAUAAAGAUGGAAGCCUGGCUCAGCUAGUUAGACAGUGCUAGGUAUAGAAACUAGUACAAUGUCUAUAUAAUUUAUGAAGGUAAUAAUGCAGUUAGUGAUACUUUAAGAUCAUUUGCAAUGAAAUUUGAUCUUUUCUGGGAAGGGGGGCCUCUUCAGCUCCCCGGAGUUAUCCGGGCUGAUAUAAAUGUAUUAGACCCUGGCAUUAGUCAAGCGAAUAGAGUUCUAGGCCUACCAGGGACCACGAGCCAGAACCUGGGCCCCCCUCAGAAAGGCACAAAGAGCAAUGGUCUAUAGAAACCGGUUUCCCUUCUUCCCUGUUCCAAGAUGCAGAUUUCCCAGGUCGUCUGCAGGGUUAUUCGGUCCAGCCAGCCUGCGGUCUAUCUCCAUGUCCACAACGUUUGUAAGUUCACGGCUUUGGCUGCUGUUUUUUGGUAACAUGUCCUGGGCUGACAUUUAGGAGCGGGGUUUUUGGCGGUUGAACAGGGUCCUGGCCGCAUGGUACCUUGUUAUGUUCCUGGCCCUAUUUAGGCGAGUGUAACUUUAGAUCGCAGGGUGCUGUCAGUUGUCUCAACUUUGAGUUGAGGAGCGAGUGUCAACCACCUCCAGGGUAAGUCCCUCAUUUUCUUAUCUUUGGUUAGGUAGCUCCAUGGCACCAAAGGGGUUCUCCACAGAAAACCAGCAUUGAACAUAAUGAAACGCCAUUUUCUGGGCGAGUCCUGGAGGCUCCUCGGCAAUCCUCCCUCCUUCCAGUCGGUGGUUUUCGUGUUUUAACAUUCAGCCUUUGAAUUGCGGUUGAAUAGCUGGAGUGGGGGUCUGGGGCUCCCCCUUUCCCCUUCCCAGGAGGGAAGAGCUGUGCAGACAACAGCACGUCACCAAUGGUGAUGUCAUGCUUGUUUGUUUUUGGUUUGGGGAGUUCUACUUGAUAGUUCGGCUUUCGGUGCAAUUUUUAACAAGCUGUAGUUUGUUUUAGGACGCCUACCUUUCUGGGUGCUUAACCCCAUAGAUGGCAGACAUAGAAUGCUUCCAACUGCAUGGGGGGUUUCUAUAGGCCAUUGCUCCUCGUGCCUGUCUGAG